AUGUCGCAUCUAGCGGAAUUGCAUCGCUAUUGUUACCUAGAGGUAGAACUGCUCAUUCAAGAAAGAGCGAUCCUUGCACCAACACUUGAAUGUGUAGAGGAAAUCAACAACUUUAUGUUAGGAAUGAUUCCUGGUGAUGAAACAGAAUAUUUGAGUUGUGAUACUCCGUGCAAGUCAGACGAAGAUUCGGGUGUCAAUGCAGAAUGGUUUACAUCUGAAUUCUUAAAUGAUUUCAAAUGCUCUGGAAUUCCAAACCAUGCAAUUAAACUGAAAGUUGGUGUCCCUAUCAUGCUCAUUCGAAACAUAGACCAAGCUGCAGGGUUGUGUAAUGGCACUCGAAUGAUAAUCAAUGUUUUGACUAAAUAUAUAAUUGUUGCUACUGUUUUAAAUGGAAACAAUAUGGGUGAAACAGCAUUUAUUCCAAGGAUGAGUUUAACUCCAUCUAAUUCUGACAUUCCAUUCAAAUUCCAGCGUAGACAAUUCCCUGUUGCUUUAUGUUUUGCAAUGACUAUAAAUAAAAGUCAGGGGCAAUCUUUAUCUCAUGUUGGAUUGUAUUUGCCAAGGCCUGUCUUUACUCACGGGCAGCUAUAUGUUGCACUUUCUAGAGUUAAAUCUAGAAAAGGGUUGAAGAUGCUUAUCAUAGAUGACGAAGGAGUUGUAUCAAACACUACACGCAACGUAGUGUAUCAAGAAGUCUUUGAUAAUAUUUGA